AUGGCCGAUAAGGAAGAGUUUUUCAGAUUUGAAACAAAUCGAGAUGUAACUCUAAUAGAAAGUUUUGAGGAAAUUCAAUUAAUAGACCCCUUACGUUUAGCCCUAAAUGAGGAAGGUAUAACUGAGCCUCUGCCUAUCCUGAAGCAAUGCUAUCGUGCCUUCAAUGAUGAAUCUAAUUUGAUAAUUUUCCUCCCUCCAGCAUCUGGCAAAAAUAUUCUCAUAUCCUUAUCUAUUUUAGGAUCUAUAAAUUAUAGCGACCCAUAUCCUCAAGUCAUUAUUGUCGAGCCUAGGAUUUAUUUAAUUCCCGAAAUGCUUAAUACUCUUACUCAUUAUGCCAAAUAUUUACAGCCUACCUUUCUAAUUACAUCAAGAGAGACAAAAAUCGCUGAUGAUAUAAAAAAGCUUCCAGAAUCUCAAAUAAUUAUAGGAACUUCUAAAAGAAUUAACAGCAUGAUUAAAUCACGCAAAAAAUUUUUUUCACAUGUGGGCCUCCUAAUAAUUGAUGCAGGCGGUGGAAUUUAUGAGAAAAAAACUACUGAAGAUUCAAAAGAAUCAGAAGAAUGAAAAGACCAAGGAGAAACCUUGCAUGAAAUAAUUAAAAAACUUGGCAGGAAUGUCAGAAAACGGUGGGUUUCAGGAAACAUGCAUGAGGAUUUCUUUAUUAAAAGAGUCUCAGAAUAUACUCCUGACCCUUUAAUCAUUAAAUCUUGUUUCCAAGUUGCAGUCGCAGGGGGACAAAUCCAUUAUAAAAUCGAGUGCACUGAUGAAGAUGAUAAAUUGGAAAAAUUGAAACAUUUGAUGAGCCAAAACCCAGAUACCCAAAAAAUCAUUUUUUGUAAAUUUCAAAACUUAGAGAGGCUCACACAGGAGAUUAAGCAAGGAUUCGAAAGAGUUCUAGAAAUAAUGAACUUAAUUGCAAGAGAUCAGCUGCAUGAGGCUUAUAGCAAUUUUAAAGAAAAACAAUAUAUGGCAUGCAUUUGCCAGUCAAAAGGCUAUUUGAUAAGGCAAUUGUAUACGACACAGCAGGUAGAAAUUUAUAAUUACGACAUGGGGAAAUCGAAGAAAAAAUAUUUAAAAAGAAUCAGGAGGAAUGGACUCUAUAAGCAGGGAGAUAAAAUAUUUAAUUUUCUAAUUACAGACGAGGAAAAACAAAAAUUAGCAAGAAUAGAAGAAAAAUAUGGCUAUAUAAUGCAGAAUAGCAGCUUUAAUUAA